CCUUUUUUGAGCUAAAGUUUACACAGCACCUGCUUUUUCUCCCCAACAAUUACAAAGCACCUGUUUUAAACGUUAGAAAUUGUAAGUUCUUAUAUAGAAAUUUUAGAAUAUCAAAAUUUUUGAUUUUAUGGCUACCAAAUUUUUGUGUGUGUUUUAAGCAUCCAAAUAUGUUGUCAAAAAAAAAAAAAAGCAUCCAAAUACAUACCGGGCCUGUGUGAUAAUAGUAUCUAGAUUCAGACCCGAGUUACAGUUAGUAAAUAGUAAAAGGUGAGAGAUUUACUCUGGUAGCGUCGGUGACGUGGCCGAAAAAACAGCAUAGGAUAAACGUCUCUUAAAUGCACGUAACAGCCUGCAUCAACCGCAGAAAGGACCGGGUCCUACCGGGUUGACCCACCACCUGGCUUAAAUUCCAUUGCCGGAGCGUGGCCCUCACCGGAGGUAAAGGAGCGUGAAGGUCACCGCGUCGUGACAAAAAAGUCCCCUCUAAAAAGAAAGAAAGAGAGGGAGUGAGCUGUGAAAAGGACCCACCACCCAUGUGCUCUCCUUCCUGUCUCCACCAGCUCCUGCCUCUCAAUCAUUAGCUUCUCCUCCCUCCCUCCCUCCCUCCCUCUGAAUAUGUGUUUCAGAUAGAGAGAGAGUAUUAGAGAACUGAUUAAAACAAAAGAAACCACCACCAUUUUCUCUCCUCCAAAACGAACCAUGUCUAAUAACAACAACGACGGAGUUAUGAUCUCUAACGGAUCUCUAAUCGAACACCAGCAGAAUCAGAAACAAUCUUCAGACGGAGCUCUCGCCGUGAAGAAACCUCCGGCGAAAGAUAGACACAGCAAAGUCGACGGACGAGGGAGGAGGAUCCGUAUGCCAAUCAUCUGCGCGGCUCGCGUGUUCCAGCUCACGAGAGAGCUCGGGCACAAAUCAGACGGCCAAACAAUCGAGUGGCUGCUCCGCCAAGCCGAGCCGUCGAUCAUCGCCGCGACGGGAACCGGCACAACUCCGGCGAGUUUCUCCACCGCGGUCCGAGGAAGCUCCACCACUAUCUCCACUUCCGCGAACUGCACUCUGUCCUCGCCGCUGGAUCAUAAACCGUUUAUACUCGGAAAACGCCUGAGAGAGGAUUCAGGAGGCGGUAAGGAGGAGAUGGGUUCUUUUGCUACGCCGGCUGGGUUCUGGGCGGUUCCGGCGAGGCCGGAUUUCGGACAAGUAUGGAGCUUUGCCUCUCAUCAAGAGAUGUUCUUGCAACAACAGCAGCAGCAGCAGCAGCAACCAGCUGCUGCACUGUUUGUACACCAGCAGCAACAGCAACAAGCUGCAAUGGGUGAAGCUUCGGCGGCUAGAGUGGGGAACUAUCUUCCGGGUCAUCUUAAUUUGCUUGCUUCUUUAUCUGGUGGAGCUCCCGGGUCGGGUCGGAGAGAGGAUGACCAACGUUGAUUAUGAAGUUAAAGCUCCCUUUUUAGUUUGGUAUAUAAAAAUAUUAAUCUCUGUCUUCUCUAUUGUCAUCGAUCAAUCUCCUGCAUUGUUUUACCCGAGUGGCUUAUCUCUCUCUAUGUGUGUGUGUCUUAGUUUUUUUUAGAGAUUGGUUGAAUGAUUCCAAGAGUGAUUUGAGAGUAUGGUUAGUGUUUUAAGUUUAAGAUUAGGGUUUAGGGUUUAAGAACCUGUGUGUCAGAGAGGUUUUUGUUAUUUUUUUUUUUGUGGAAGAUCGAUAUCUCAUCGGAACCAAGAUUUUACUUUUAAGUACCUCAUGUAGGGUAAUGAAGAAACCGCGGAGGUUUUUUUUUGGCCCCCUUCUUGUCUGGUUUUUCCGGCGAAAUAGAGCCGUCGUCUAAAAUUCCAGAUACUAUAUUAUAUUGUUUGUUUUUUUUCUGUUGCUAAUUGUGUAAUGUGUUACAACAAUUGUGGCGAGCAAAGUGCGCAAGCUGUUAACCACAUUAUUAUUUUAAUAAAUGUUCCAUUCUUGGUGUU